UAAUCACUGCUUAAACUUAGAAAAACAAGAAAUAUGGAUACCGGCGCCACGUUGCGUAUCUCACGUGUACUUCUCACUGGACCCCCUGGUAUAGGAAAAACUACAUUAUGCAAAAAGUUAGCUUCAAUGAUGAAGGAACAAAAUUAUAAAUUUGAUGGGUUUUAUACUGAGGAAGUACGAGAUCAAAGUGGUAGUAGGAUUGGGUUUGAUGUUGUGCUUGCAAAAAAUCCUGAGGAAAAAUCUAUAUUGGCACGAACUGAAAAUGUAAUAAACCAGUCACAGUGCUCUAAGUAUAAAGUUGGAAGCUAUCAUGUGUUUCUUAGUGAUUUUGAAGCAGCAGCAUUACCUGUUUUUGGCUCAAAUACAGAUGUAUUAAUUAUAGAUGAAAUCGGUAAAAUGGAGCUGUUUAGCCAAAAAUUUCACAAUGAAAUAGAGAAAUUAUUUUUUAAAAGUUCAAGCAAACCUUUUAUAAUUGCAACAAUACCACAAAUGCAUAAAAUACCGCAACGAUAUUUAUCAUUAUUUCAAAAACUUCAGGCAGAUAAAAGGUGUAAAGUUAUAACCGUGAAUCGUCAAAACCGAGACACUCUGUCAGAAGAAAUUUUUCAAAUCAUUUCAUAA